CUAAGCGGCGCCACACCUUGCUACCAGAUCAUCACGGACUUUGUGUCGACACCCAGUCCACAUAUAGGCUCGUAUAUAAUAUCUCGCGUCCCCCUCACAAAAAAUCCCCAACUCAAGAAAGAAUCAGCACACCAACCUUAUAUUACUUCGCCUUUAACUCCUCCCCAAGCUCCCUCACCCUCUUCUCUCACCCACACGAAUCCUCAAUCCGUGCCUCUAGUACACGUAUCCCUUCGAGGGCGCGCGCGAGGUGUUUGGCUCCUGUGCCCUCUGUUGUAAAUUCCCUAGGUGGUAACGCCAGUCCGCUCUCAUCACACCGCUCCGUCCCAUCCUCCGGAGCCCGAGACAUAGCAACCCGGCUAAACGUCCAACUCCCUGUUCCUCUGCAUCUCUCCCCCUCAACACAUCCUUCCACUCCUUAACCGCAUCCCACC